GAGGAGAAGUGAAAGUGAAAGUGAGUCUGUUAGUCAGUGUUGGAAACUUAGCGCCUUUCUCCGUAGAGUUUGUAGAGUUUGUAGAGUUUUGUGGAGUUUUCCCGGAAAGCCGUCCCCGUGUUGUGUGUCCACGCAGCUCUCCGCAGCUUCGGCACCGAGGGGGACCCCCUUUAGACCGCAGAGAGCCCACAGCGAGUCUGUGACAGAAAGGUUGCAGCAGGCCGUUAGCUGAGCCUCCACUUUCCUUCAGAGAGCAGGAGGAGGAAAGAGGAGCUGAGGCGGGACCCACUGAAGUCCAGAAGAUAAUGAUGGAGGAAGAGGAGGGCAGAGCAGAGUCUGCAGGAUCAGUUUGUCAGAGCAGGUCCAAAGAAGAUCCUCCAGGCUUAAGCAAGGAACCUGCAGCCACACUAGGUCAAAGGUCAGAGUCUGGGUACUCCAGCUGUCUGUCUAUGAGGAGUGACAGGUCCAAAGGAAAACCACCAGAGUUCAGUCAUGGACCCAGAACAACAAUAGAGAAGAAGAGGAGCGGGGUCUGUGUGGAGGAGCGGCCGUCCUGCUGUGCUUCCUGUCAGGACGUCCUGAAGGAUCCGGUCUCUACCAGCUGUGGACACUGGUUCUGCAGACAGUGCAUCUCCUCAUACUGGGACCAGUCUGCUUCAUCAGGAGACUCCUCCUGUCCCCAGUGUGGAAAAAGACCCAGAACCAGAGCUGGACUGCAGACAGCCAGUCAGAGCAGCUGUGGACAAACAGAUGCUGGUCUGCAGGAGGUUUUAGAGGAACAUAAGAUCAGUCUGAGGAGGAGAUGUGAACGUGUGACUGAAGGAAGUGAUGAAACAGGAAGUGGAACCCUCCUGAACAGAAUCUACACUGAGCUCUACAUCACAGAGGGACAGAGUGAAGAGGUUCAUACCCAACAUGAGGUGAGGCAGCUGGAGACAGCUUCCAAGAUGGACGCCCUCCAUGAGAGUCCAAUCAGGUGCCACGACAUCUUUAAAGCCUUCCCUGACCAACAGAGACCCAUCAGAGUGGUUCUGACCAACGGCGUCGCUGGCGUUGGAAAAACCUUCUCAGUGCAGAAGUUCAGUCUGGACUGGGCAGAGGGCUUGGAGAACCAACAUGUCAGUGUGGUGAUGCUGCUUUCAUUCAGGGAGCUGAACCUGAUCAGAGAUCAGCAGUACAGUCUUCUGGAGCUGCUCCAUGUUUUCCAUCCAACAUUCCAGAAGGUCCCAGCAGAGAAGCUCGCUGUCUGGAAGCUUCUGUUCAUCUUUGACGGCCUGGAUGAAAGCAGACUUUCAUUGGAUUUCACCAACAGGAAGCUCGUGUCUGAUGUCACACAGAAGUCAUCAGUCAGCGAGCUGCUGACAAACCUCAUCGAGGGGAAGCUGCUUCCCUCGGCUCUCGUCUGGAUAACUUCCCGACCUGCAGCAGCCAAUCAGAUCCCUCCUAGAUGUGUGGACAGGCUGACAGAAGUACGAGGCUUCACUGACGCCCAGAAGGAGGAGUACUUCAGGAGGAGAUUCAGUGAUGAAGAGCUGUCCAGCAGAAUCAUCUCCCACAUGAAGACAUCCAGGAGCCUCCACAUCAUGUGCAGCAUCCCAGUCUUCUGCUGGAUCACUGCUACAGUUCUGGAGCACAUGUUGACCACAGAGCAGAGAGGAGAGCUGCCCAAGACCCUGACUGACAUGUACUCACACUUCCUGCUGGUUCAGACAAAGAGGAAGAAGAACAAGUACCAUGAGAGACAUGAGACGAGUCCACAGGAGCUGACGGAGGCUGACAGGGAAGUUCUUCUGAAGCUGGGGAGGCUGGCGUUUGAACAUCUGGAGAAAGGAAACAUCAUGUUCUACCAAGAAGACCUGGAACAGUGUGGUCUGGAUGUGACAGAGGCCUCGGUGUACUCAGGAGUUUGUACAGAGAUCUUCAAGAGAGAGUGUGUGAUCUUCCAGAAACCAGUUUACAGCUUUGUUCAUCUGAGCAUUCAGGAGUUUCUGGCUGCAGUCUACAUGUUCCACUGUUUCACCAGCAGGAGGAUGGAGGAGCUGGAGAAGUUCCUGGGAGAUCAUACUAACAGGCAGCUGAAGAAGUUCCUUCGUUAUCGGUUUAAUUAUUAUGAUUUCCUGCAGAGAUUCAUGCAGAAAUCCCUUCAGAGUGAAAAUGGCCACCUGGACCUGUUUGUUCGCUUCCUUCAUGGCCUCUCUCUGGAGUCCAACCAGAGACUCUUAGGAGGUCUGCUGGGUCAGACAGAGAACAGUCCAGGAACCAUCCAGAGUGUCAUCAAGAACCUGAAGGAGAUGAACAGAUAUGAAAUCUCUCCUGACAGAAGCAUCAACAUCUUCCACUGUCUGAUGGAGAUGAAUGACCUCUCAUUAUUUCAGGAGAUCCAGGAGUUCCUGAAGUCAGAGAACAGAUCAAAGAAGGAACUCUCUGUGAUCCAGUGCUCAGCUCUGGCCUUCAUGCUGCAGCUGUCAGAGGAGGUUCUGGAUGAGCUGGACCUGCAGGAGUACAACACAUCAGAUCAGGGACGACACAGACUGAUUCCAGCUGUGAGGAACUGCAGAAAGGCUCGACUGAUUAACUGUGGACUCUCAGUGACUCACUGUGAAGUUGUGGCCUCAGCUCUGAAGUCCAACUCCUCCUAUCUGACACAGCUGGACAUGAGUGAGAACAACCUGCAGGAUUCAGCAGUGAAGCUUCUGUGUGCUGGACUGGAGAGUCCAAACUGUCGACUGGAGACUCUGAGAUUGUAUUGCUGUCGUUUGUCAAAGAUCAGCUGUGAUUAUCUGGCAGCAGCUCUGAAGUCCAACCCCUCCCAUCUGAGACAGCUGGACCUGAGCUGGAACAAUCUGCAGGAUUCAGGAGUGAAGCAUCUGUGUGGUUUUCUGGAGAGUCCACGAUGUGUUCUUGAAACUCUGAGAUUGGAGCGCUGUGGUUUGUCAAAGAUCAGCUGUGAUUAUCUGGCAGCAGCUCUGAAGUCCAACCCCUCCCAUCUGAGACAGCUGCACCUGUGGAGAAACAAGCUGCAGGAUUCAAGAGUGAAGCAGCUGUCUGAUCUUAAGGAGAGUCCACACUGCAGACUGGAGACACUGUGGUGGAGCUGAUGGUAAACAGGACGGUGUGUGUGCUGAGAGAGGAGGAGCUGUGUCCUGAUGAUCCAGAGAGGUUGAAGCAGCAGCAGCUUGUGUGCAGAGACGCUCUGACUGGGCCAUGUUACUGGGAGGUGGAGUGGAGAGGAGAGCUUCAUCCAGCAGUGACUGACAGAGGAAUGAGAAGAAGUGCAGAUGACUGUCAGUGCUGCAGAAUGAACUGCUCUGAGAACAGCUCCACUGUCACACACAAUGUAGAGUCCACCAUCAUCCCUGUGUGUCCCUGUGGAUCUGCCAGAGGAUCAUCAGUGGAUCUGGAUGCUCUGCUGCUGCUCUGUCCUUCUACACAGUCUCUGCAGAGUCUCUGUCUGACACUGGCUUCAGCUUUUCAGGCUUCAUUCUGGAUCACACUCGAGAACAUCACCUGGAAAGGCCUCCAACAACAUCUCCAUCAAGGACACAAUGUUUUUAGGACUUACCCUCGUUCUUUGGUCGCCACCACUUAGUUUUAACUGUACCAAAAUCUGAAACAUUCUGCGAUGAUCCUUCUGGUAGGGAUCAGGUUUGUUUUUGGAUUACUCGUGCAUUAUCAGCUCACUUGUUCUUUUACGCUCUUAAUGGUCCUGAACUAUACAAACAUAUCAUGAAUGGUGUUUUUAAAAUACUUUUAUCACCGUACCUUUACAAUGUUAUGUUUCCGAAGAAUCGGUCUGUCAUGAGAGCAUGCAUUUUUAGUUGUGCACUUAUUUUAUUGCUUUUAUUACUUUCUGGAAAUGUCCAUGUAAACCCUGGUCCAUGUGGUAAUUCAGAUACUGCAAAUAAUACCUUACCAUCAGGGGAUCUUUCUUAUGCCGAGUUUGCUCUCGCAAUAGUUUGGGUUUUAUGCAUAUCAAUGCAAGGAGUUUAAUGUCUAAAAUGGAUCAACUCAGGGUGUGGGUUGAAUGUACCAAACCUGAAUUUGUGGUUGUCUCAGAAACAUGGCUGUGCAAUUCUAGUGUCUAUCCUGAUCUGCACUUGUCUGGGUACACUUUUUACUGGCAAGACAGG